AUGGCGGCUCCUCAUCCUGAGUACCUCCGCUUUACCACCCACAGAUCACUAACCCACCGUCUUGUGCUCUCAACCCUUACCGGUCGCCCUGUGCACAUCUCUCAAAUCCGGUCUUCCUCUCCAACGCAGACAGGUCUUGCGCCUCACGAAAUAUCCUUCCUGCGCCUCCUCGAAUCCAUAACCAAUGGAUCCUCCAUUCAAAUUUCUUAUACGGGUACGACCCUCACCUAUUCUCCUGGCUUGAUCACAGGUAGUGUGGAGGGGUUAGGAGCAUCUGGAGGGGUCGUCAAGUGCAUAUUACCAGAAACGAUCAGGAGGGGCGUGAGCUGGUUUUUAAUACCAUUAUGUAUUCUUGCACCAUUUUCAAAGGCGCCGGUGAACGUGAGGUUCGAGGGCGACGGCGUCAUCACGAGCGCGACAGAAACGGGCGAUAUAAGCGUGGACAGCGUACGGACGGCCAUCCUACCUCUGUACGAGAAAUUCGGGAUCCUGUCCUCGAAGCUGGAGCUCCGGGUUCUUCAAAGAUCAUGUGCAGGACCAGGCGGCAAGGGUGGCGGAGGGAUCGUGGAGUUGCGAUUCGGCUCCCAAGUGAGGUUACCGAAGACGGUGCAUAUGAAUCGCAGCCCAGGCCGCGUUAGGAGGAUAAGAGGCGUCGCGUAUUCCACGGGCGUGUCGGCAAGCAAUAAUGCGAGGAUGAUACACACUGCUAGGGGCAUCUUGAAUCCGCUGGUUAAUGAUAUCCAUGUGGCCGCGCAAUAUGAUCAGGCGCCGCUGGUGUCGAGCCGGGACAAGUCAGAUCCUGGUGCGAAGAAGAGAACGGGGAUUGGCUUUGGACUGUGUCUGGUUGCGGAGAGUAGUGUGGAUGGUGUGUUGUAUUCAGCAGAUGUGGUGGCACCGAGUUCAGGAGGAGUCACUCCAGAGGAUAUUGGAAAGCAGUGUGCUUAUCAGUUAUUGGAGAUCAUCUCCCAAGGAGGAUGUGUGACGAGAGUCGGUGCUGCGACUGUAUUGACGCUGAUGGCUAUGGGUUCGGAAGAUGUUGGAAGAUUAAGGUUAGGGAGGGACGUGAUAGGAACGGAGGAUGUGGUAGGGCUUGGUAGAGAUCUCAAAAUGUUUGGAGCUAGCAAUUGGGGUUUGAGAGAUGUGGAUGAGGAUGAUAGUACAGACAUAAUAGUCAGUGUCAAAGGCACUGGAGUGGGCAAUAUAGGAAAGAAGAUAGCAUAAUUCAGCACUUCUAAAGAGUAUCCAACCUUAACUUGGACGGGGUUGUGAAUUCAGUUUAGUUUUAUUACUCAUAACCAAUACAG